AUGAGCUGCAGCAAACGCAUGCACAAGAGCAGCAGCAGCAGCAGCAGCAGCAGCAGCAAUUCCCUUCCUGGCGAAUCAGACGGAGCAGCAGCAGCAGCAGCAGCAGCAACAGCAGCAGAAGCAGCAGCAACAGCUGCUGCAGCAGCAGAGACUGGACCAGUGACCGUAGUAACGCGAGCUGCAGCGACAGCAGCAGCGACAGCAGCAGCAGCAACAGCAGCAGCAGCAGCAGCAGCAGCAGCAGCAGCAACACUCUGUUCAGUAGGCGGGGAAGCCGCUGCAGCAACAGCUGCAGCAGAGGCAGCAGCAAUAGCGAUAGAAGCAGCAGCAGCAGCAGCAGCAGCAGGAAAAGAAGCAGCAGCAACAGCAGCAGCAGCAGCAGAGACGAGGAGAGCGCUGGUGAUGACGGAAUCAGCAACAGAAGCAGCUGCAGCAGCAGCAGAAGCAGCAGCAGCAGCAGCAGCAACAGCACAAAGUUAA